AUGCCGCUUCCACACAACUCGGAACGCGCGCUCCUCGUCCAGCAGAUCCAGAACUUGCAGCACAGACUCGCCAAACUCGAUAACGGAGACCCGCCGUCCAGCCCGAGCGAAACGCCGACUCCCGCGAAUGGACUCGCCUCGACUUCGAAAGCCAACUCGCCGAAACCGCCUGCACCGCUGACGGGCAAGCGGGCGAGGAAGGCGCAGGCUGCGACGGGACCGCUCCCACCUUCCCUCGCCAACGCGCCAAAGCGGCACAUCGCCCUCCUCUUCUCCUACGAAGGAUGGGCUCAUUCCGGCCUCGCAUAUCAGCCCAAGGGCGUCUACACCCCUCUGCCGACCGUCGAAGGCUGCAUCCUCGACGCCCUCGAGAAGGCUCGCCUGAUUGAGCCCAUCACGGAGAGCGAAGGGUUCGGCUGCGGCUUUGAGCGGUGUGGCAGGACCGACGCCGGUGUCAGCUCGUCGGCGCAGGUCAUCAACUUGUGGGUGCGGAGCGACUUGGAGGAUCCGAUGAAGCUGAACGGGAGGGAAAUCGACCCGGAGUCGCCUGAAGGACGGAGAUUCGCGCGGUCAGGGUCACCGUCACGCCCUCGCUCUUCCAGCUCCGCCUCGUCUUCCUCUUCCGACUCGGUCUAUGGCGCGGGCAAGCGAAAAGCCCCGUCGGACGUCGAGAUCCCCUACGUUACCCUCCUCAACAAGCACCUCCCUCCUUCUAUCCGCAUGCACGCCUGGUCCCCCGUCUCGGCUACCUUUUCCUCCCGCUACUCAUGCAUCUGGCGGCACUACAAGUACUUCUUCUCGACCUCGCCAAUCUCCUCUCUCCUCGCCUCUCGCUUCGACUUUGGCGCUGCGUACAAAGCGGCGGGCGCGCUGCCUGAACAUGCGGCGGAAUGGCAGGAACGCCUCCGAAGAGUCGACUGGAAUGGUCUGCAGCUCGACGUCGACUUGAUGCGAGACGCCGUCAAGCGGCUCGUCGGCGAACACGACUUUCGCAACUUGUGCAAAAUCGACCCGCCGAAACAGCUCAAGCUGCAUAUCCGGACGGUCAACAGUGCGAGUAUCGAUCCGCUCGAGGGAGAGGGGGGCGACAUGUUUGUGCUAAACUUGCGAGGCGGGGCUUUUCUCUACAACCAGGUUCGACACAUCGUCGCCAUCCUCUUCCUGGUCGGCGCCCGCCUCGAACACCCCUCCCUUAUCGACAAGCUCCUCUGGACCUCCGACCGAACGCCUCAUACCGUCUCGCAGAAUUCCCCUAGUCCCGGCGAGCCCGACCACGCUAUUCUCGACCAGAAGCCGUCGUACCAGAUGGCGGAGGACCUCCCCCUCAUCCUCUGGCAAUGCGGUUUCAACUCGACCGAAUUCGACUGGCGUACCGAUAACGCUCCUCGACCAGGCGACGUCAACGAGUCGACGACGUCGUAUCUCGACCACAACGGGCGGGAGAAGCAGCCUGUUGACCAGGCUGACAAUUUCCGCAAGCUCUUCCUCGAGAUGAACGAGACGUACACCGAGUAUCGGCUCAAGGCUAUCGUGCUCAAGCACCAUCUCGCCUCAUUCGCCUUCCAUGCUCCGCCCAUUGCUCCUCCAUCUCGCCCUGCCUCGCCCAUGCCCGAAUCCAGCAGCGACGCGCCCCCUUCCCGCCUUCGCCCCGCCUCUCCUCCCCGCCGCCCCCUCUCCCUUCGCGCCGAACAAACCCUCUUUACUCCCGUCGGCGCAGGCAAAGUCGCCCGCACGACCUCCUACACGCCCGUCCUCGAACGCAAGCGCGGCGAGACGCCCGACGUGAUCAACGCGCGUUGGGCGCAGGGUCGGGGCGCGCAGAAGAUGCAGCGCAGGAAGGACAACCAGGAGGCGGCGGACAAGACGAGAGAGGUCAAUCUGAAGAUCAAGGCGGAGGCGAUGGAGUUGGCGAAGAGGCUCGAGGAGGAGAGGCUGCAGGCGCUCAAGCUAGCGGACAGCGUGAGCUCCGAGCCUGUGUCCGGGGUCACGACGCCGGAGAAGGGAGAGUCGUAG